AUGGAGAAGUUAACAUGGAAUAGAAGCUUGUUACCAGAACCACGACUCCCACAGACUGUCAAAGCAAUGGCACCGAUGCCGGUACAGGCUUCCGAGCCUCGAUUUCAGGCUUGCGCUGCAACCGCAUCCCUCUUCCUAUAUGCGGUUGGCCCGUUAAUCCUAUGCCUUCACCACGAUAUACUCGCAGUCGAACGUCAGUUUCGUAGCCAUCAACAUGAUAUCGAUUUUAUUUCAGUGGACAAUGUGAGCGAGCGUGGGUCAGGAAGAUUGGCUGUCAGUUACGAUGUCAACCAAACAGCAAUCGUCUGGGAUAUUUUUACGGGAAAAGAACUGUCAAGAUUUGCAUCAUUUGAUCCUCUGCGGGUGGCAUCGUGGUUGCGCAAUGGCAAUGUUGCAUUUGGAAACGACAAGGGUGAAGUCAUUCUAUUCGAACCCUCAACUUCAGAACAUAUUUCCACCAGAACGAUCUUUGAUCCUAUUACCUCUCUUGCGCCAUCUAUGGAUUGUCGAACAUUUGCAAUUGGAUAUCAAAAUGGAUCGAUUCUCAUUGCAACCCUCCUCCCCCAAUUCACUAUUCUUCACACCUUGACGACCUCGCGAGGACCUUCACCAAUCAUCUCUAUCUCCUGGCAUGCCUCCUCCUCGAAGCAGAAAUCAGAUAUGCUAGCAACACAGGCCUCAAGCGGCGACUUGCGAGUAUGGAGUGUAUCAAAGCCAGCGAGCAAAGAGUCUCCUCGAGUAAUUCGUGUCUUAAAACGAUCUGAUUCUUCAAAUGCGGAUCCAAAAUGGAUGGCAUGGUCUAAAAAUGGAAAAAUUCUGCAAUUCCUUGAAGGAGAAACAUGGUCUUGGGAUGUCAGGACAAAGCACGUCACUUAUGAGCCAAUCCCAACAGUGCACGGAGUACGAGGACUUGCAAACCAUGGCCCCACAGCGACACUAUUCACUAUCGGUCCCCAAAACACCGUUCAGCAGUAUGAUCUGGAUACCCUCACAAUGGUAGCAAAUGUGCAGCCUCCGGUGGUCACCCCUCCACCAGUAGUCACUCCCGAAGAACAAUUAUCACAAAGGGUCUCUCCUCCUCGGCGCUUGCAGGAAGCUCCAAACCUUCGAGAGGGACCAAACAGGAGACGAACACCCUUUGAAUCAAAUGUCGAUAACUUGAAGCAACAGAGAACGAAUGUCAUCAGCCCUGCAUCUUCCAGAAGCCAAACAGAAUCUGUAAGCUCCAAGGCUUCUUCUGGGAAAUUUAGAACAGGUGCAUUUGCACCGCCCAGUGUAUCUGCACAGAGUGCGACAACCUUUUCCAUGACUUCUGGCGACCAGGACACACCCCAACCGUCAGCUGGGUAUCCCUAUGCAUCUUCCGUCUCGCUGUCGUCCGUAAGGAGCUCUCGCGCUGGGUCUCGACUGCGAAAUGAGGUGCAGAUGAGUCCCGCGGAGAAGAAUGUUGUUGAUCUAUUCCCAUUUAUCCGGGCGCGACUGAAUGAUGUGCCCUAUAAACCACAACCAUCGAUUGACGAGAACAGCCUCACGCCAAACGAUCUGCGACAGCAAAUGCUGAGUGUUGUCUUUGGUUGGGAUGGAGAUAUUGCAGAUUUGAUUAGAGAUGAGUGGAGUCGUCAUGCACACGGAAGCCAAAGCGCAAUUCUCCUAGCACAAUGGCUUGGAGAGACCGACACGGAUCAAAUGGCGGAUAUGAUCAGUAAUGGACCGACGACAACAACCGACUGGAUGCUUCUAGCUCUGAGUCAAAUGACUGGACACGCGCAAGCAAACAAGGUUGGACAGAGCUUUGUACGAAAAUUGCUAGAGAUUGGAGACAUUCAUACCGCGGCUUCCAUUUUGAUUGGCAUUGGAGACAGCAACGAUGCCAUCGAGGUUUACGUAUCGCGCAAGCAUUUCAUGGAGGCCAUUCUUAUGACAUGUCUUCUCAUGCCAACCGACUGGCAACGUCAAUCAUAUCUUGUUCGGCGAUGGGGAGAACAUGUGGUUACACAAUCUCAGCAACAACUCGCUAUUCGUUGCUUCAUGUGCAGUGGCUCUGAGCCUUCUGAACCGUGGACUUCUCCUGGUGCUCAACAAGCGACUACUUUUGCCGAUGUCAUGGGAGGAAGGUCCCCAUUAGCUUCACCUGAACCGCAGCCCUUGAUUGCUCCACCCCGUCCAUCAUCAGCCUCUAAUCAGCGUGGAGCUGCGAAGGGUCCCGCGCUCAAGCUCAUCACAUCUUUUGAUGCAAAAUCGAAUAAACGGUUCCGAUUCCCGGGAUUGAAAACUGAUGACCAGACACCAACAAAUGCACCUGGUGUCACACCUAUCGCAGAGUCUGCUAUUGCUGAGUCGGCUGUUGGAUCUUGGAAACUGAGCAAUAUUCAGAGCCUGAACCAGGCGAUGACAUCCCGCACAACCACCCCUGCAUUCAAUCGCCGUCGUCUGCCCUCAAUAGGUGAGACUCCCGUGGAUGUCCAUCCUCCAGCAUACCCUCGAUCUCUCUCGUACAAGAGCUCCAGUGCCUAUGGCUCUACAUCAGAAACAGACGAUACCAACGGUCAGGACCAAAGCCAGGAUGAGCAGGGUGAUGAUGGAUUCUUGACGCCCGCGAAAUACAACAUGGAUUCCGUCAAGCCAAGCCCACAGACUGCUGUUCAAGGCUCAGAUAAAUUUGCAAAUAUCAAGGGACUCCCAUCGCCUGGCCCAGGAUUGUUCGAAGCUUUGAGAAAUCACUCAGACAUUAAUGGAUCUCGGGAUAGAAAGCCUGGUGGUCUUCAGCUUGAUAUUAUGCAUGGAGAAGAAGUCUACCCAGGUCCUCCCAGUCAGUCCGGCUUACUUCACAGUGCAAAGAGCACAUCAACUAUGCACAGCUAUGCCUCCGCGAAGAGUCCAAGUGUAAGUGUUCGCAGCAUUGACCAGUAUAUCAGUAGUCUGGAUGAGGCCAAUUACCACUCAAAGCAGCGAAGCCAUCGACCAGGUCGGGAGCGAAGAAAUACCGAUGAUGGUGCCAGUCAGCCCUCGCGCAUUGGGCGUGAUGAAUCCAGGGAAACUCGCGGUCGGAAUGAGCGUCGAUACAUCCAAUCCGCAAACAGAUCGCCCUCCUCUCCCGUUCCUAUGUCUCCGGAUGAACUUGCUCGCCAUCACACUGCCGAAGCUGAGAAGCCACGAAAGAAAUCCGGUUCGCGUGUGCGUAGCUCCAGCAGAAUGAGAAAGGGAGAAUCACGCAACCGUCAACGUUCUGCUAGCCGACAGACUGCCAGCCGUCUUGCUCGAGAGCAGUCAACACGAGGUCGUAGCACUGAUCGUCAAACGCCUUCUGCUAGAUCUCCAUCCUCGCCUCUACCUAUGACUCUGCCUACAACUGAUUCUUCUCAGCAAGAUGGUGUGGAUGACCCACUUCGCAUUGUUGCUGGCAACCGGGAACGACUCCGCUCACACCACCGAAGUGCUAGUCGUCGUCGGACUGACAGAGGUGGGAGCUCUAAACGAGAGGCUUCUCCGGACUCAAAGCACAAGGUGUCUCACAGUCAGCCUGAGAUCUGCUUACCUCACGAGUUUGAGCUCCCUGCUCGACCUGAGAACUUCGAGCAGUUGAGUAGCAAGGCCUUUGGACAAGAGGAGGUCUUGAGCGCGAAGUCAUUUGGUCAAAAUGAUAUUCUUAGCAGCCAUACUUUUGGAGAUGUUGAAGUUGAGGUCCUAGGUAAUCAUGCGUAUGGACAGGAAGAUCUACUCAGCAGCAAAGCAUUUGGUCAUGAGGAAGUUUUAAGCGCCAAGGCGUUUGGACAUGAGGACACACUGAGCAACCACACUUUUGGACAUCAGGAAACAUUGGGUAGUCAGGCCUUUGGACAUGGAGACACACUUGGCAGUCAAGCAUUUGGACAUGAGGUCCAAACCUUGAGCAGCAAGGCCUUUGGUCAACACAAUGGCUUUACCAAUGGGCACAGCCAAGUUCGGCCUGCCUCAGCUGCGAAUGACAUGCCUGAACUAGUCUCCCCCACGACACCAUUUGUGAGUCUGGCCGAAAGGAAGAGAAGAGAGCUAGCUGCCGCGGAAUUGGAAGCACGCCGACUUUCCCUUGCACGCAACCCGUCCGCACCGAAUAUUCCAUUCCCCGGGGAGCUGAGCUCUGCUAGAUCCCCAUUGGAAAGUCCGCCUCCAUUCCAUGGAAAUUCGUACUUCCCACGAGCUCCAUCUAGAAACAACAUUCCUCCUCCCAAACGAUCGCCCGAGUAUAACAGUGGCUCGGACUCGAGCUCGUCAGGAUCACGAAAUCAUCCAAUUGGCUUGCCAGCAACCCCGCGUGCUAUGCGACACCCUAAGUAUGGUGGCGGCCGUGAAGAACGACCACCUUCUGUUCCUGUCGUCUCACUCGAUCACUAUGGACGUCCCAUUGCGAGUGAUGCUCGAUACCAGAGCGAAGCUGCACAGAGAAUUGGGCGGUCAAUGUCAGUUCCUAUGCCAGAAGGCCCAGCAGCCAGAUACAAGAACCCACAGCCAGGGCCUUCUGACGUCCCAAUGCACCCUCACUACAAGCCCAAUCUUCCUCGAAGCCGGUCAAGCAGUCGCGUCCGUAACAACGGAGGUCAUCGUCGCACCGGCUCUGGUGGUUACAUCGCCGUCAACUCACCCCAGGUAUCCGUCAGCAUCGAAGAGGCAAUCGACAACUCAAUGCUAGGACAAUUCUCUGGACCACAGAUCGAGCUGAUUCCUCCACCUCCUCCACCACCACCCGCUCCACCUAGUGGGGCCAUUCUUCUUCCUGAGCUUCAGCAUCUUAGUGGACCACCACCACCUCCUCCGUUCCCAAUGCCUAUGGAGGUUACCUCACCCCGACAAUCCACCGCCACGAUCGACGUUGCCAUUGAAAACGAAGACUAUGGUCGCCACAUUCCACGUGCCAUGACCGCAGCACCAACAAUCCAUGUCAAUGCGAGCGAGCCAACGAAGACUGUUAGUAAACGUACAUCAUUUGAGCAUCAUCGUCGCAACCGAAGCGGAAAUAAUGAGAGCUUCGCUACUAAGCUGCGCAGUUUGACUCGCAUUCGAGGUAAUAGUCGCAGUGUUGAGCCUUGGGGCACAGCUACUGAAUGGGGAUCUGAUCCUCAUGAACUUGAUAUGCCUUAUGAAACAUUGCACUCGCGCUCCUACGCACCAGGACAACAUGCACAGGGACAAGGCUACGGCUUUUAA